AUGCCAAAGGAACUCAAAGAGGUUUUCAAGGUCUUUGACAAUGAUCAAAAUGGCUUUAUUGCUGCUACAGAGCUUCAGUAUGUAAUGAUAAACCUCGGUGAGAAGUUGAUUGAUGAAAAUGUGGAUGAGAUUGAUUCGAGAAGUGGAUUGGGGUCCAAAGGUGCAAAAGAUCUUUCUAGUGCCAAAAGCAAAGCAAGUGACCAGUAUCUUGCCAAGCUUGGAAUAGGACCUCUCUCUUAUGGUCUUACAAUGCUAUCAGUUUAUGAUAAGGGUCCGGUUUUCAGCUCUGAGGCAUUUGAUCCUACAGAUGUGGACCUCAUUGAGAAGUUUGUAGUUGAUCUCUCUCUGGUUACCUCGCUUGCAUUGGUUAUCCCAUACCCAACCUCAGUGCUCUCAUUCCGAGUCCACUUGCAUGAUUUUGGUUUGCAUGACCACUUUCUCUAG